AGCUGCUCAGAAAUUGAACCUGUCUUCCAAAAAGAAGAAGCACAGGCCUUCUGCAUCAUCUGUUCCUGAAUCUCCUCUCUUCUCUACCAGCUUCAGCAGUAUCCUUCAGACUUCCCCACCCCCUGCACCACCAUGUUUGUUGAGGGCAGUCAGCAAAGUGAAAGACACCCCCGGUUUGGGCAAGGUCAAAGUCAUGGUGCGCAUUUCUUCCACGCUUGCCAGAGACACGUCUGAGUCCAGCUCUUUCUUAAAAGUUGACCCCCGUAAGAAGCAAGUCACACUGUAUGACCCAUUGGCCUGUGGAGGUCAGAAUGCUUUCCAGAAAAGAGGCAACCAGGUUCCACCCAAGAUGUUUGCUUUCGAUGCAGUUUUCCCCCAAGAUUCAUCACAGGCUGAAGUAUGUGCUGGGACUGUGGCUGAGGUGAUCCAGUCUGUGGUUAAUGGGGCAGAUGGCUGCGUGUUCUGCUUUGGCCAUGCCAAGCUUGGGAAGUCAUACACCAUGAUUGGGAAGGAUGAUUCCAUGCAAAACCUUGGCAUAAUCCCUUGUGCCAUCUCCUGGCUCUUCAAGUUGAUUAAUGAACGCAAAGAGAAGACAGGAGCCCGCUUCUCAGUCCGAAUUUCUGCCGUGGAAGUGUGGGGGAAAGAAGAAAAUCUGAGAGACCUGUUGUCAGACGUGGCUACAGGCAGCCUGCAAGAUGGCCAGUCCCCAGGUGUCUACCUUUGUGAAGACCCUAUUUAUGGCAUGCAGCUUCAGAAUCAGAGCGAGCUCCGCGCCCCUACGGCAGAGAAGGCUGCCUUCUUCCUCGAUGCCGCCAUUGCCUCGCGUCGCAGCAGCCAGCGCGACUGUGACGAGGAGGAUCACCGCAACUCCCACAUGCUCUUCACUCUGCACAUCUACCAGUACCGCAUGGAGAAGAGCGGCAAAGGCGGAAUGUCUGGAGGCCGCAGCCGCUUGCACCUUAUUGACCUGGGUAGCUGUGUGAAAGUGCUCAGCAAAAACCGGGAGGGAAGCUCUGGCCUCUGUCUCUCAUUGUCAGCACUGGGCAAUGUCAUCCUCGCCCUUGUCAAUGGAAGCAAACACAUCCCGUACAAAGACAGCAAGCUCACCAUGUUGCUUCGGGAGUCCUUGGGGAAUAUGAACUGCCGCACCACAAUGAUAGCUCACAUUUCAGCUGCUGCGGGGAACUAUGCUGAGACGCUGUCCACCAUCCAGAUUGCAUCAAGGGUCCUCAGGAUGAAGAAAAAGAAAACUAAGUACACAUCGAGUUCUUCUGGAGGAGAGAGCUCUUGUGAAGAGGGCAGGAUGCGGAGGCCAACCCAGCUGAGGCCUUUCCAUUCUAGAAACACUGUUGACCCGGACUUCCCUAUUUUGCAUUUAUCAAGUGAUCCUGAUUAUUCGUCUAGCAGUGAGCAGUCGUGUGACACCGUGAUUUAUGUUGGCCCCAAUGGCACUGCCCUUUCUGAUAAGGAACUGACAGAUAAUGAGGGUCCCCCUGACUUUGUUCCCAUAGUUCCUGCUCUGCAAAAGACCAAAAACGAGGGCAGGUUGGAGGAAGUUAGUGAAUCAGGGCCCAGCACAUCUGAAAGAGACUGCCUGAAGUGCAACACCUUUGCAGAGCUCCAGGAGAGGCUGGAUUGCAUAGAUGGCAGUGAAGAGACCGACAAAUUUCCCUUUGAAGAGAUGCCUGUUCAAUUUAGUUCAGACCAGAUGUCUAAGUGUUCUGUCUCAAGCCAGCUGGCAGAGCUUAGCCACUUACCAGAGUCAGAUAAGGAAGAUAUGAUGCCAGAAUGUCAGCAUCCUGAUAGAGAAGCCAAGGAAAAUAUAAAUGCAACACCCAGCAAAACUAAGAGAAAUCACUCCCCUGUUCCUUCUGGAGCUCUUACUAAUGUUUCAACUCCUUCUUCUCCCAGGAGUGUAACAGGCAGUUCUAGUAAAGAGCUUAGCUCUUGUCAGUUAGCACACAGCACCAGCUUGCAGAGCAGCAGAGAAGGUCUCAACACCUGUGGAUUUGUGGAAGGCAAACCUCGGCCAAUGGGUUCGCCCCGGCUUGGCAUUGCGAGCCUCUCGAAGACAUCCGAGUACAAGCCACCAACUUCUCCUUCCCAGAGGUGCAAGGUCUACACACAGAAAGGAGUCCUGCCCAGCACCACUCCCCCACCAGCUCCCCUGAGUAAGGAUACUGGGGUGAUAUCUAGUGAAUCUUUAUUGCAGCCAGAAAUCCGGACCCCACCUGUAGGCAUGAGCCCUCAGAUUAUGAAGAAGUCGGUGUCCUCCAGCAAUGGGGAUUUUGAAGAGACCGUUCUUGAUGAAGAUCAGCAACAAAGCAUUUCUCCAGAAUCCAAGAAGGAGAUUCUGAGCACCACCAUGGUGACUGUGCAGCAGCCGUUAGAGCUGAAUGGAGAGGACGAGCUGGUGUUCACCCUUGUAGAAGAGCUAACCAUUAGUGGGGUCCUUGACAAUGGGCGCCCAACCAGUAUCAUCAGUUUUAACAGUGACUGCUCUGUGCAGGCUUUGGCCUCUGGGUCUAGGCCAGUCAGUAUUAUCAGCAGCAUAUCUGAAGAUCUUGAAUGUUACUCCAGUGCAGCUCCUGUGUCUGAAGUCAGCAUCACACAGUUCCUUCCACUUCCAAAGUUGGGCCUGGAUGACAAAUCCCAGGAUGAUGGCAGCAGGCGCUCAUCCAUCAGCUCAUGGUUGAGUGAAAUGAGCACAGGGAGUGAUGGUGAACAGUCGUGCCACAGCUUCAUAGCCCAGGCAUGCUAUGGGCAUGGGGAAGCAAUGGCAGAACCCCCUGUCUCUGAGUUUGCAAGCACCAUACAAAGUGCCAGCAUGAUUUGUGUAAGUGACAAACAGAAGCCAGUGACUGACAACAUGCUUAUACUGUCGGAAAUGGGGGAGGAAGCUUUCGGCAAAGUGCCACCCAUCAAAGGCUGUAAAAUAUCAGCUCUAGGGAAAACUACAGUCACAAUCAAAAACACCGCAAGCCUCAGCAGCUGUGAAGGCUACAUCCCAAUGAAGACAAACAUUACCGUGUAUCCAUGUAUUGCCGUUAAUCCCUUCAAAGCACAAGACACUGAUGACGCUGUACUGGCAGUAACUGCAGACCCAAAGGUUGCUCAUCCCCAUGACGGGAAAGAAUCCAGUGCUAAGAAGGAUAUCAAAUUUGAAGACCCUUGGCUGAAGAGAGAAGAAGAUGUAAAAAAGGACAGCUCUGGGAGCAGUGAUGGGCCAAGGCCUGACAUGGCCGCACUUUCAGCCAAGCCUGAGAACAGCACAAAGCAGUCCUCAGUGGACAGGUUUAGCAGCAGCAGCGGGGACACCUCUAUCUCCCCAGGAUCUGACAGUCUAAAGAGGAUUGUGGAUGGGUGUGAGGUGGCAGCAUCCAGCUCUGCAACCCAAAGCCCUGUUCAUUCCAGUGACGGCUUGAAGAAUGGCAGCCUCCCUCGAGGGCUUCCGAAGGCAGGCAAGCUGGAAGAGCCUGACAGUCACCUCCAUCCUACUGCCACUGACACCAGCGGAGUCAGCUCUUCUGCCCUCCCCCAGUUUUCUAAGGCUAGCCUUGACAAGAAAAUGGCCUCUCCCAAACACUGUGUCCUCACUCGUCCCAAAGGGACUCCUCCUCUGCCACCGGUGAGAAAGUCAAGCUUGGAUCAGAAGAACAGAGCCAGCCCCCAGCACAGCGCAGCCAGCAGCACCACAAGCAGUCCCUCCAGCCAGCCCGGGUCCUUCCUGGCCAGCUUCCCCGAGGAGCUAAAUGCCAAACAGAAGGGCCCUGCCAUCGACAGCAGUGGCAACAACAGCAGCAGCAAGCUCUUCAGUGCCAAACUGGAGCAGCUCGCCAGCAGGACCAACUCCCUCGGGAGGUCCACAGGAAGCCACUAUGAGUGUUUGUCGCUGGAAAGAGCGGAAAGCCUGUCCUCUGUGAGCUCCAAAAUGAGCCCUGGCAAAGACACCACCAUGCCUAGGGCCGGAAGGAGCCUCAGCCGCAGUGUCAUGUCCUCACCGACCAACUCGGGCCUCUCCCAGUCCGCAGGUGCCUCCCCGAAAGCCAGCCAGUCGAAGAUCUCUGCAGUCAGCAAGCUCCUGCUGGCGAGUCCCAAGGCCCGCAGCCUAUCUGCCUCUGCCACCAAAACGCUCAGCUUCUCGACCAAGUCUCUGCCUCAGUCUGUAGGGCAGAGCUCCAGUUUGCCUCCGAGUGGGAAGAACAUGUCCUGGUCAACGCAGUCCCUCAGCAGAAACCGGGGCUCCAGCCUUGCUUCCAAAUUGCCCCUUCGGGCCGUCAACGGGCGGAUUUCGGAGCUACUCCAAGGGAGUGCCAGUGCUAGAGUCUUACAGCCACGGGGAAGCUCAGAGGCAGAUGAGCACGGGGGCCUUCCCGGAGAUGAGAAGCCAGCUGUUCACGUGCUGCCUUCACCUUACAGCAAGAUCACCCCUCCUCGGAAACCUCACCGCUGCAGCAGUGGUCACGGGAGCGACAACAGCAGUGUCCUGAGCGGGGAGCUGCCCCCCGCCAUGGGAAAAACAGCCCUCUUCUACCACAGCGGAGGGAGCAGUGGCUAUGAGAGCAUGAUGAGGGACAGCGAGGCGACGGGGAGCGCCUCUUCAGCACAAGACUCCAUGAGCGAGAACAGCAGCUCUGCAAGCAGCAGGUGCCGAAGUCUCAAAAAUCCAAAGAAACGAUCAAAUGCAG